CUUCAGACCACCCGUCCUCUUUUUCUCUUUUGAAAACACAGAGGCCCCCCGAUCCCGCUGCGUGUACCUAGCCCUGCGGACCUAAUUAUUUGGUUGAUCGUUUGCCCCCCCGACGGAAUUACCCGCCAGCGCAAACCCCCUUGGAGAAGCAACAAAGAAAAACACUCGGAGUCCCGCCUUCCGCUCGUUUUCUCCAUUGCUCCCUGAAAUCCACAAGGACAAACCCCGGCGGCCCCCCGCUCCUGCCCCUGUCUGAAUUGCUUUUGUUUCCCCCGGCGGCUCCCGUAUCACCCUUGCUCGUUACACCACAGCCAUGUCGGACAAACCCGAGGCCCCACACGCGCCGGACCACCCCCUGGCGCCUGCCCCCCAGCAGCCGCUGCUGCACCCCGCCAAGCCCCUGCCCCCGGCGGGCCCCUCGGCCGCUGCGAGCGGCGCGGGCCACAGACAGAACCACCAGGGCGGCAGUGGAAACAAGCCCUACCACAACAAGCGCGGCAAUUACAACGGCAAGGCCGGCAACGGCGCCGGCCACAGCCCCGGCGGCAAUCAGUACGCCAGCGCGUACAACCCCUACUCCCAGAACAUGUACAGCGGCAACUACUACUACGGGUUCCCGUACCCGCCGGCCAUGGUGCCAGGCAUGGGUGGCAUGCCCGCUGCGUACCCCCCACAGCUGCCCCAGCCCGCGCAGUCGUUCCCGGCGUCGCCCAGCAUUGCCAAGGUGAAGAUCACGGACAAGGACGGCAAGCAGGUCGACUUGGAGGAAAAAACCAAGUCCUCGUCCUCUACGCCCAAGCCGGCCGCGGCCCAGAUCGUCGUGCCCGCGCAGGAGGCGCCAGCGCCCGUGGCGGCCCCCUCGCCUGCUGCUGCCGCGGCCACUGCCAAGUCCGUGGCCGCGGAGGAGUUCCGGAAGAAGAUCAUGGAAAAGGCCCAGCUCGCGAAGAAGAAGAAGGACGAGGAGAAGGCCUUGCUCGAGGCCGAGGCCAGGGCCAAGGAGGCCGCAGCGGCCCCGCAGCCCGAGCCGCCUGCUGCAAAGCCCGUGGACGCGCCCGCCGUCGAGACCCCUGCUGAAACUGCCGAGCCCGCCAAAGCUGCCGAGCCUGCUGAAACUGCCGACGCCGAACCUGCCGAGGCUGCAAAAACCGCCGACGCCGACGCUGCUGCCGAGCCUGCUUCUACAGUCGAGACCGACGCUGCUGCCGACGCUGCUCCCGCCGUCUCGGCUCCUCAGGAAACCCUGUCCGCUGUCGAGUCCGCCAAGGAGUCGCUGGUGGAGGCCAGCGAGGCCUCAAAGCCAGAGGCUGAGGCCGCCGCCGACCUUCCAAUUACGGAUUCUCUUGCCAAAUCAAACACAGAGCACGAAACGGAAACUGAAACCGCCGACGGUGACAUCGCUCCGCAGGAACAUGAGGGCCCCGAAGAAACCGCAGAGGAGCAAACACAAGAUGACGAAGAAAAAGAACACACCAGUGAAGGCCCCGUGUUCGACCUUUCUCUGUACUUCGAGAGAGUGAACAACGCCCAGCGAAUUGAAGAUCCGUUCUCGUUCUCGUAUGCAUACCCGCUGACUGGUCCAGAUGCCAGAUGGAAGUCCGAAACCAAAAAAUACAGAUACGACCCACAGUUCUUGCUCCAGUUCGGAGAGUACGUCCAAUUCCCCAUCGACGACGCUUGGAAGGAAAAGCUUGAAAACUUGGGAAUUGUCUCCAGCAGAAGAAUGCCCGGCGGCAACCAGAGAAUGAGCUCGAGCAGGCAAAACAGUCAAAUGCUGGGCGGAAGAUUUAAUGGGUCUAUGCCCAGCAGACUUGGCCAGUUCAACGACAGGCAAAACUCUAGAAGUGGAUCUAGAAGAAGAGGUGGCGGAGGAGGAGCCAGCAGCUCGAGCGGCCCAAGAGACAGGUCUUUGAGAAACAAAACCCAGUCUAGGAGAAGAGAGUCCGAAGAACCUCCCAAGCCUGCCGAGGAGGUCAAGCCUUUGGUUCCAUCGGCCAACAGAUGGGUGCCUAGGUCCAAAGCUAAAAAGGAUGAGGUUAAGCUUGCCCUUGAUGGAUCUGUGCUUCUUGAUUCUGAGGACAUUGAAAGAAAGAUUAACUCCGCAUUGAACAAGUUGACCUUGGAGAUGUUCGAGCCUAUCACCAAUGAUAUGUUGGCGAUUGGCAAACAAUCGAUCUGGGAAGAUGAUGCCAAGACGAUCAAACAGGUCAUCUCUUUGACGUUUGCUAAGGCUUGUGACGAGCCAUACUGGUCGUCAGUGUAUGCCCAAUUCUGUGCUAAAAUGUCAAAGGAGCUUACUGACGACGUCAAGGAUGUGAACACGCUUAAUAAGAACGGCGAGCCUGCUACUGGUGGUGACUUGGCAAGAAGAAUCUUGUUGGCCACCUGUCAGGUUCAAUACGAGAAAGGAUGGGUUGACAAGCUUCCUACAAAUGAGGACGGGUCUCCAUUGGAACCUGAAAUGAUGUCCGAAGAGUAUUAUGUCAUGGCCGCUGCCAAGAGAAGAGGUCUUGGUUUGGUCAAGUUCAUUGGUAACUUGUACAUCUUGAACAUGUUGAAUGACCAAGUCAUCUUGCGUUGUUUGAGAGAUCAGUCUAAGAAUGUGACUGACCCAUCAGAGGACUCUUUGGAGAACUUGGCACAAUUGAUCAAGACUGUCGGCCCAAGAUUUGAGGCCUCGGAAAGAAAUAGAGCUGCAUUGAGUAUGGUCUACGACAACAUUCAACAAAUUCUAGACCACUGUGAGCUCUCCUCCAGAAUCAAAUUCAUGUUGAUGGACUUGCAAGACUUGAAAAAGAGCAACUGGAAGUCUUUGAAGAAAGACGCCGGUCCAAAGACAAUCAAAGAGAUUCACAACGAGGCUGAGUUGAAGAAGAUCGAAGAAGGCAGAGCACAAGCAGAGAAGAGAAGACAAAACAGAGGAGGCAACCGUGACUCCGGCUUUGGCGGCGGUGAUUCCAGAUCGAAUUCUUCGAGGUCCGGAUCGUCCUGGGGAAACAGAAAAGACUCCAGGCCACCCGCAAAAGAUUCCAGAGGGUUCACAUCGGUAUCUAGAGUGCAAUCGAACAGAAAUGCCCCAGAACCAAGUGCACCCUCAUCCAACUUGGCUCCUCGCGAAGCUUCCAAAAGAACAGACUCCAUGGCAUCUAACAUCUUUGCCGCAUUGGGUGGUGACCACGACGAAGAAGAAACUGAGGCCCCCGCAAAGUAAAAGGCUUCAUAAUAUCACUGGGCUUAAUCCGCCUGCUAUCCUUGCAUUUUUCCCAUCCCAAUUUGAAUUGUAAUAUACAUAUUUGCGACUGUAAACUUGAAAGAGUAGGAACAGGAUUAUCUGCCCCCGGGCCUUCCGCCAGAUGUUUUGAGUGGCGACAGGAUGAUGUUUUGAGUGACGACAGGAAGAUGCAGCUGAGACAGUUCAGGAAUCUCCAAGGGUGUAAUCCGACCCAAGCUGGUCCAAAGAAACAAUCUGCAUGCCCAAGCGUGCUGGCCCUUCGAUAUUGGGGAUCUCCUGUAGCAACUCCUCGACCCAAAUGUCAUCAUAAACCACCUCGUAUUCGGGGUUUGCCUUGCCUUCCUUCGAAGAAGCCCCGCUCGUGUCUUUUAGGAAGUAAGCGCCCAUUGCUUCCAACGCCCACCGCAACAGUUCUGGCUCGUAGUCGCUAGUCCCGGCUAGUCUUUCUACGCAGUUUAGCAAAAGCUGCUC